CGCGGGCGCGGUGCCGGGGCGGGCGGGCCGGGCCGGGCCGGGCCGGGCCGCUGUUGGCUGUUGCCAUGGCUCCGGCAAGCCGGGGGAGCCCAAUGAGCGCUCUGCGCCGGUGCCGAGGGGACCAGCCAUUUUGCUUAUGGAAAACAAUGUGACAUAUUAUGCUGUGCUGUACCGGGGAAUAAACAAAAAUCCCGACGGGGGACGCAGAAGAAACGGGCAUAUUAACUCUUGCAUGUGAUUUAAAUUAAUUUAUUGAGAGAAACCUUCAUAAAGGGCUAAAUAAACAAGGUCUACAUAUACAGAAAUUUCGUACUUCUGCUGCAUUUGAGACACAGGUGAACUUGUCUGUCUGGAAAUCUGAAGACUUUUAUAGCAAAUCCUCCAGUGUCAAAAUGAACACAGAUAGCGGUGGGUGUGCUCGCAAACGUGCUGCAAUGUCUGUCACAUUAACAGCUGUGAAGAGGGUUCAGAGUUCUCCAAACCUAUUGGCCUCAGGGUCUGAUUCUCAGUCUCCAGAUUCAGCUUGGCGAUCUUACAAUAAUGGCAGUAGAGAGACACUGAAUGGAGACGCUAGCAGUUCAUCUCUUUCAGCAAAAGGUUUUAGGAGCGUGCGGCCAAAUCUACAGGAUAAAAAAUCACCAACUCAGGCACCUCUGCCACCUCCUAGAAAAGAAAGCUUUCGGAAAGGAAGAGUAACUAAUCACGAGAACGAAAUUAAUCUCCAGGCAGUAACUGCUGGUCCAGCUAAACACCUCCCCACAGAUACUGCCUAUUACUCUUGCGAGACGUCUGUUCAGGAGACAAUGUCUUCUGAAAUAUCUAACACAAGUGUGUCCUAUGCACAAAAAAUCAUUAAACCACUGACCUCAGUCUCCAGUGCAGACAUAAGCACAGUAGCUGGCAUUAGUGCUACUCUCCAUCAAGGCCAAAGGCAACAGUCUCAAAAACGUAAGAUAUCUACCCUGAAAUUAACCCGGACACGUGACCCAGCAAGUAGCGUUCCUUGUAAUUCACAGCAACAGCUCAAGCCUGUUGAAGAGCCAGUAUUUUCACAAAGUCCUAUCACACCUGCCUGUAACCCCAUGCCUGAGAUACACACAGCAUCUCUUUCCAUUCAAAUAGUUCCCACCCCUGACAGUAAAGCAGAGCCUGAAAUCCAAGAUCAUCCACCUAGUAUUUCUCCAGACACUUCAAAGAUGUCUUCAAAGGAUUUGGGACAAAAGUCUACAGUUCUUCCUUCUUCACAGGCUGCAGAAUGCCAUGUGCUUGGAAACCAGAAAGUAACUGCCCCUGUGAUGGAGGUAAAUGCUUCACAGACACACAGACAAACAGCAACAGAAGCUUCUCCACUGCCUCUUCCUUCUCCUGUGGUACCAGUUAACAGAGCCUCUUUCUCACCAGACAGUGGCACCCAUCUAGUACCAUAUUCUUUGCCAACGCUUGAUGAUUUUUUGCCUUCACGCUUUUAUAAAACCCCAUCCUUCUCACAGUUUCCAUACAAAUGCCCGUUCCUAGCUCCUGACAGUGCUAUCCACAGGAACGAAGCAGCCUCUGUGAGCACAGACUCUGCCAUGAGCGAGUGCUCCUCCCGCACAGUGAGUGAGUCCUCCACAGCCAUUCUAGAUGAGCUGCAGAGUUGUAGCUAUGAUACUACUGACCGCUCUGAAACACCUUCCCCAACCUUGAGCCAGAUGUCUGCUGUGUCAGAUGGCACCACCUUAACCAACACUGCUGCCACUUCUCAUGCUCAGAUCACAGUGAAUGGGAAUUCUGGCACUGCUGCCAGCCCAGUGAGUCACUUUCAAAGGCCUUUUUCCCCUUCUUCAGCUUACCCUCCACCAGCUUCACUCAAUUCCAACAUUGUUAUCAUGCAGCAUGGCAGGAUGAUGGAGUCCACAGAGACAUACUCACAGCAUGUUCAGAAUGUUGGCAGCACCACCACCACCAGUACAAUACCAAUCUGUAGAUCCUCAGAAGAAGAAAAAAAAAUUACAGUAAUUAAAGCUCCACAUUAUGCAGGGAUUGGCCCGGUAGAUGAAUCUGGAAUCCCUACAGCAAUUAGAACGACAGUUGACAGGCCAAAGGAUUGGUACAAGACAAUGUUCAAGCAAAUCCAUAUGGUUCAUAAGCCUGAUGACGACACAGACUUGUAUAAUACUGCAUAUGCAUACAAUACUGGUAGCUACAGUCCGUCCUUCUCUGCUCAGGCACACCCAGCUGCAAAGACACAGACGUACAGACCACUGUCCAAAAGCGCUUCUGACAGUAGCUCUGAUGCCUUUAAGGUCUCGUCCCCUUUGCCACCCCAUGUGCCACCACCAGUACCACCACAUCGUAUGCGCCAACGGUCUACACCAGAAAAGAAUGACUGGGAUCCUCCUGACAGAAAGGUAGAUACUCGCAAGUUCCGUUCUGAACCAAGAAGUAUUUUUGAAUAUGAGCCGGGAAAGUCAUCGAUCCUUGAACACGAAAGACCGACUGAUCGCAUAAACCCAGAUGACAUAGAUUUAGAAAACGAACCCUGGUAUAAAUUCUUUUCAGAGCUGGAGUUUGGACGUCCGCCACCUAAAAAGCUUUUGGAUUAUGUUCAAGACAGUUCUACUGGUGUUUCCUAUGAGGCUUCCUUGUAUCAUCACUAUUCAACAGACAGAGGCCUGGACAGGCCCUCCAGUUCUGCAAGCACUGCGAGUGACUACAGAAAGCGAAGGAAGUCAGAACCUGCUGUAAGUCAUCAGAGGGCACACAGUGAUCAGAACGCCAACAGACCUAACCUGGGCCAUACAGACACACAGGGCCCAUCUACCACCCUUAGGAAGCCUUUAACUAGCUCAUCUCCUUCCUCUCCAUCAAGAGCAAAAGUAGACCAGGAGUCUCCUGGAAGCUAUUCUUCUGCUUUCACUGAUGUGGGAAGAUGUACUCCAAGGGAGAGAAGAGGAACUACAGACAAAGAGAAACUGCCAGCUAGAGCUGUAUAUGACUUUAAGGCUCAAACUUCUAAAGAGCUGUCCUUUAAGAAAGGAGAUACUGUCUAUAUCCUCAGGAAAAUUGAUCAAAACUGGUAUGAGGGUGAGCACCAUGGAAGAGUUGGAAUAUUCCCAAUUUCUUAUGUUGAGAAACUUUCUCCCCCAGAAAAAGCACAGCCUGCCAGGCCACCUCCCCCUGCACAAAUUGGAGAGAUUGGGGAAGCUGUUGCCAAAUAUAAUUUCAGCGCAGACACAAAUGUGGAGUUAUCACUUAGAAAGGGAGACAGAGUAAUUCUUCUUAAGCGAGUUGAUCAAAACUGGUAUGAAGGUAAAAUACCAGGAACCAACAAACAAGGCAUCUUCCCUGUUUCCUAUGUAGAAGUCAUCAAAAAGAAUCCAUCAAAAAGUGUUGAUGACUAUCCUGACCCUCCAAUACCACAAAGCUAUUCUAGUGACAGAAUACAUCAUUUAAGUUCAACUAAGUUGUCUUCCCAAGCACUGACCCCACUUUCCAGACAACCUCCCUCGUCUUGGUCACACACUGAUCAAAAGAUUCUCCAGGCUGACUCUAGUGACUUGUUCUCAAGGACUGUUGGGUUUUCACCUUCAGGCAUGCGCAGCUUAACUCCUCCAUCAGUUCCAGACAGUUUUCUUUGUGACUUAGAAGAACUCAAUUCUUUGGCAUUAGCAACCUCCCAAACUGUAGCAAUCUCCCCAGAUAACAGCAUUCACCACAUUAAGGAUGGUCACUUUGUGCCAAAUACAGAGGUGUUUCUCAGCUCUCCUACAGCUCUUCCUCUGUCCUUUCUUGUAUCUCCCUCUGUCUCAUCUUCAGCCAGCUCAUCUCAUGACAAAGCAUAUAAGCAUGUCAGCAAAAAUACCACGUUAGGAAAAGACAAAAACUUAGAAGACAUAAUUGAGCCUUUAGUUAUUGAAGAAUCUAGAGAUUUGUCAGAUACUACAGGAGGUGAACAUGGUGCUAUCCAUAACAUCCCUUCACCAUAUGAAGAAGGUACCUUGUCCAGUGUGCUAGCUGCAAGUGCUGAAAAUGAAGAGGAAAUCUGUACUGCAGACCUGUCACUUAAGAGAGGGGAUCAGUCAGAACCUCAAGAAUCAGAUUUCUCUGAAGAAGCACAAGACACAACAGAAGAACUGACUAGACUGUAUAUAGAUGAGGAUCUGGUACAUGACUAUUUAGAAUUCCCAAUAGCAAGUGAAGAAGAUUCUGUGGAUUGUUAUGAAGGAUAUACUUCACCAGAUACUCAUAAGGCACCUACUUCCCACUUGGUUCCUACAAUAUCCCUGUCUACUGCUUCCCUCUCACCUCCUCUCCUCUCUAAACCCUUACAUCAGCAGGAGAAAGACUCACUACAGUUAAAGGCUAAUUUAAAGAGGGAGAUAUUUGUUAUGGGUAAACCUCCUCGUAGCCCAGUGAUGACUACGAGAUCCUGCAGCUCUCCUGUCAGAGGUCACAGCUAUUCACACAGGCCACAGCGCCCUGUGCUUUCUCAUGAAAAUAUACACAGUGGGGGGGAACCGUUUCAGGCUCUAUAUAACUAUACUCCUAGGAACGAAGAUGAAUUGGAGCUCAGAGAGGGAGAUGUCAUUGAUGUGAUGGAAAAAUGUGAUGAUGGAUGGUUUGUGGGAACCUCAAGAAGAACCAAAUUCUUUGGUACUUUCCCUGGAAACUAUGUCAAGAGGCUGUGAAAUUUUUUUUUCUACUUAUUUAUGCUGCAUCUCUGCAACACAUCUGCAUAAAGCUGCUAGAAAACAUGCUACGCUGGCCUUCUGUUUUCUUGCUUGCAGUCUCAAAUAGAGGCCAUCUAGUUCAUCCUCAUCCCAUUCCACCCGCCAAACCGUUCCAGCAGUAUUACAGCAACGACCACAGUGUGAAUAACUAAGCUUUUCUGAGACAAGAGGAAUCAUUUCAGCAUUUAAAUACUCCCUGCUUUAAAGUCUUUUCAUGUGAAACACAAUAGGAGAAGCCUGAUGACAGGUACACAGAUGAGUUGCCAUGGGGGGUAGGGGGAAAGGGGGGAAAAUUAUUCCUGGUUUGAACAUUUGUGGUACUACCAUGAAGUCUGGUGGGAUUUUUUUCAGCAUGCAUGUAAUACAGAGGAAAGUUGCUGUUUACUAUUUUUUAAAAAAUUGAUUUUACACGUUCUUAUUAGCUUGGCAGCAUUUGUUGCUUCCACAUUGCUGUGUCACGGGUUUGCCUAUUGUACUGGUUUACAAUGUAUGACAAACUAUAAUAUAGAUUUUUUUGCCUGCACUUGUAUGCUGUAACAAAUGCACAGUGAUUGUAAAAUCUCAAGCAAGAAAAGUGAAAAAUGGAAGAACUGCAAGUGUUCUGAAUGGGUGCAAUGGUAUUGGCUAAAUCUUUUGUCUUUUCCCUCAUGAAAAACUGUAGUGAACAUGUAGUUUUUUCUGUUAAAAGGUAAGAAGUACAAAAGGCAAAAAGACCUGGGAAAGAGGAUUUAAGGAAAAGUGAGACAAUGCUGUAAGCAUAGACAAUAAAAACCUGCUAAUGAUGUCCGAUAUUAAAUGGUUGUAAUCAAAAUGUUGUAAUAGUAAGCACCAUGAAGUAUAAGAGGUUAGUGUUUUUACUUAUCAGGAAAUUAAAGAAGCAGGAAGAUAAACAGUGUUAGUGCAAAGGGUUGUUGGGUUUUGGUUUUUUUCUUUCCUAACAUAGCCACCUAAAAAAUAUUCACAAGCAUCAUGUACUGAUUUAUUUCACUAUAUAUGUGUAUGUAUGUUAAUGAAACCCAAGUUACACAUUCUUUUUAGGAAUUUAGACAGAAAAAAGUCACAAGUAUUAAAACCGAUAUAUUUUAGAGGUGUUGGGUUUUGGUUUUUUGUGUGAAUGAACAAGUGUUUGAAACAUACAUUUUCCAUAAGCAAAGGUAAGCAUAAAUAGCAAAUGAAAUUAAGGCACAGAAUGAUAAUGACUAUGGCUUUAUAAAAAUAAAAAUUCGGAUUUGGUUUCUUUGGCACCUUAUAGAUGGCAAAAUCUUCUGCUGCAUUUCUCAUGGGUAAAGGAUAAAAAUUAUCAAAAUGUAUGUAGUCUCUGUAGCAUUUUGUAUAUAAUUUUGCUUUUUUGUACAGAGCCAUUCGGUUGUUGAUUUUUAAAAGAUUAAGUUUCUUAUUUGCCCUCUUCACAUACAGAAUAUUUCAAUGCGUUUUUCUUUUCUUGCUCUGUUUACCAUAAGCACAUCUGGAUAGUGCAAUUCUGUAAGAUAGCAUUUUAUGCAAAAUUUUAUUAAUUAAAAUAUGGUUUACCAGCCAAAUCUAAAUGUACAUAUGUCUUUAUUACUGAGAAAGGUCAUUAAGGCAAAGGUAAAGAAACAUCUUUGUGCAGCAUACCUUUAUUAUUGCAGAUUUCAUGGCAAAAGCUUUAUAUUCAAUUUUAAACUAGAUCUGCAUGCAGCUUUGCUGUGAGAUUAAUACUAUCUUUGAUGCCAUUUAUGAUUGAGGACUUAAAUAUCUGUUGCCUGUGAUAUUUAAAAAGUACUGUUUCUACUCUGUAUCUGAUUUUAGAAAAAUGCAGGGUUUUCAUACCUGGCUUUCAGGUAACUGACUUUGAAUUCCUACAAGCAAAAGGUCUCUGUGGUUUUUUUCCUGAAUAGACUUCUAAUAAAUUUUGCUUGGAGUACAAA